AAAGAGAUCAUCUUUGACUUGCCAUAGCCACCAGAUAAUCUUCUUACCACAGAUAUUUUUGCCUUUAGACAUUAAAUUUCUCUUAUCGUCUUCUUGGAUGAAUCUCUCCUUCUCUUUCUUUCUUUCUUUUCCUCUGCCAUGUCUCCACAAACCAUCCUCCUUUUCUUCUGCACAAUUACACUCUCCCUCUUCAACCCAAUAUCACCUUCUGAGUUCAUCUACAAUACCAAUUUCAACUCCACCAACCUUCUCACUUAUGGCAAUGCCACAAUCCAAUCUUCAAUCCUUGCUCUCACCAAUGAUGACACUUUCUCUAUCGGAAGAGCUUUGCACCCUUCAAAAAUCGCCACUAAAUCAUCCAAUUCGUCUUUAGUACUUCCUUUCUCCACUUCUUUCAUUUUCUCCAUUGCUCCCUUCAAGAAUUUCCUCCCUGGCCAUGGAUUUGCCUUUGUGUUCGUACCUUCCACUGGCAUUCGAGGUGCAAGCUCAUCUCAGCACCUGGGUCUCUUCAACCUCACAAACAAUGGUAACCCAGAUAACCAUAUUUUUGGGGUUGAAUUUGACACCUUUAUGAACCAAGAAUUCAAUGAUGUCAAUGAUAACCAUGCUGGUAUUGAUGUAAACUCUCUCUCAUCCGUUUCACAGCAUGAAGCAGGUUUUUGGGAAGGGGAAGAUGACGAAGAGUUUGAGGAAUUGCAGCUUAAUAAUGGGAUUAACUACCAAGUUUGGAUUGAUUACAUGGAUUCCAGGGUUAAUGUAACUAUGGCCAAGGCAGGGGCAAAAAGGCCUAGGAGACCUUUGAUGAGUGAGUUUGUUAAUCUUUCUGGGGUUUUCUUGGAUGAAAUGUAUGUGGGUUUCUGUGCAGCUACAGGGCAAAUGGUUCAAAGCCAUAGGAUAUUGGCUUGGAGCUUUAGUAAUACAGAUUUUUCUAUUGGUGAUGCUUUGAUCACUAGGGACUUGCCCUCUUUUGUGCCUCCAAAGGAAUCAGUGUUCAAAUCAAAAAGAUUCAUUAUUGGGGUUAGUGCUGCUGGUGUGAUAAUUAUUGUGUUUGGAAUUGUGAUGUACGAGGUUUUGGCUUGGCGGAAGAGGACAAAAGAGAAGAAGAAAGAAGAAAUUGAAGACUGGGAGUCUGAGUAUUGGCCUCAUCGCAUUGAUUAUAGACAAGUACAUGCAGCAACAAAGGGAUUUGCAGAAGAAAAUGUGAUUGGAGUUGGAGGAAAUGGAAAGGUCUAUAAGGGUACAUUGGAAGGAGGAGUAGAUGUUGCUGUUAAAAGAUUUUCUCAUCAAAAUGAACGAGGAAUCAGGGAAUUUCUUGCUGAAGUUUCAAGCCUAGGGAGACUAAAGCAUAGGAACUUAGUAGGAAUAAGAGGUUGGUGUAAACAAGACAGAAAAAGCUUGAUUUUGUUGUAUGAUUAUAUGGAAAAUGGGAGCUUGGACAAGAGGAUUUUCACUUCCAAGAAUUCUACUUUGAGUUGGGAAGAAAGGAUCAAGAUCUUGAAAGAUGCAGCUAAUGGGAUCUUGUAUUUGCACGAAGGAUGGGAAGCGAAAGUCUUGCACAGAGACAUCAAGGCAAGCAAUCUAUUACUUGACAAGGAAAUGAAUGCAAGGUUAGGAGAUUUUGGUUUAGCCAGGAUGCACCAUCAUGGACAAUUAGCUAGCACAACACAAGUGGUUGGGACAGUAGGAUACAUGGCACCGGAAGUUGUUCGAACCGGACGAGCCUCAACACAGACCGAUGUGUUUAGUUUUGGAGUCUUGCUCCUAGAAGUUGUCUGUGGUAGAAGAUCUACCGAGGAAGGUAAGCCAGGAUUAAUUGAAUAUGUCUGGAGGCUAAUGGACAGAGGGGAAGUAAUUAAUGGGUUGGAUGAGAGACUAAAAGCAAAGGGUGGCUAUACAAAUGAGGAAGUGGAGAGGCUAAUUCACUUGGGAUUAUUAUGUGCAUAUCCAGAUCCAAGUGCUAGGCCAUCAAUGAGGCAAGUAGUGAAGGUAUUAGAAGGGGCAACUGACGGCAUGGAAUCAGAAGAGGAAGGAAUGGAAGUGAACUUGCUUGAUGGUAUAAGAAGAAGUAGAAUGUGGUCUGCUGGACCUCACCAGAACUAUAGUGACAGACUACACCCAACUUUUGAUGAAAUUUUACCUUUAUCAUUUUCUGUACCUCUAUCAAGUUCAGAUAUCAUCACAAAGGGCAGGUGAAAAAUGGCCAAAAUUUCAGGUAUUCUGUUAGUUGCAGAAAGGAGUUCAUUUUGAUUGUUGGGAUGUCAGAUAAUUUUUAUGUAAUUCAUUUGUACAUGCCCUAUUUCUAGUUCAGUUUCUGUAUAACGAUUUCAAAACGAGUAUUAGAAUAACAAUCAAUUCGCACCAGUGGUCUAGUGGUAGAAUAGUACCCUGCCACGGUACAGACCCGGGUUCGAUUCCCGGCUGGUGCAGUUUCCCUUUUGUGUUUUGACUCCAUGGUGGCCUUGGCCAAUCACAAGCUAAUACACAUACCCGGUAUGACAUUUGUUCUUUUA